CUGGCAGUCUGCAAGUUGGUGGGUGGUUGAGAAUACAGACGCUGAGAGCCUCUGCUGUAUUAGUACAUGCGCUAGACCUCAGUGAUCAGGACAGAAAGAGGGAUUUAAUGGGAUCUGCAAGAUGCUAGCAAGAGAAAAAAACAUAUAUGCUGAAAUUUUAAUUCGAUAAUGUCGACGUUGCUUGAAGGCAAACAAGAGAUGGUAAGAGCACUGAUUCUAGUGCAAGAAAGUUUCUUGUCCGGUUGAAAGCCAGUGUGAAGGUAUUCAUCCUAAAUGCUGGAAGUUUUACAAGACGGAGACUCAGAGGCGCCAUGAAGGGUGAGUUUGUCUAUAUAUUCAUCUCAGUAUACGUAAUACCACAAGAAUAACAAUAUACGUAAUACCAGAAGGAUAACAAUAUAUGUACCUAGUACUAGAAGAAACACAAUAUACUUAGUACUAGAAGUAUAACAAUAUACUUAGUACCAGAAGUAUAACAAUAUACUUAGUACCAGAAGUAUAACAAUAUACUUAGUACCAGAAGUAUAACAAUGUACUUAGUACCAGAAGUAUAACAAUGUACUUAGUACCAGAAGUAUAACAAUAUACUUAGUACCAGAAGUAUAACAAUAUACUUAGUACCAGAAGUAUAACAAUAUACUUAGUACCAGAAGUAUAACAAUAUACUUAGUACCAGAAGUAUAACAAUAUACUUAGUAACAGAAGUAUAACAAUAUACUUAGUACCAGAAGUAUAACAAUAUAUUUAGUAUCAGAAGUAUAACAAUAUACUUAGUACCAGAAGUAUAACAAUAUACUUAUGACCAGAAGUAUAACAAUAUACUUAGUACCAGAAGUAUAACAAUAUACUUAGUACCAGAAGUAUAACAAUAUACUUAGUACCAGAAGUAUAACAAUAUACUUAGUACCAGAAGUAUAACAAUAUACUUAGUACCAGAAGUAUAACAAUAUACUUAGUACCAGAAGAAUAAUAUACUUAGUACCAAGAGAGAAUCACUCUGUUAAAAGCGCUUUGCCACAGAACUUCUCCAAGAUUUUGUGGGAAAAAUAUGAAAAAAAAAAUGCCUAGGCAACCAUAUUAAUAUCACCCAAAGAAGAUUUUAAACAUGGAGUUGUCUUGUCUGGCAGAGGCCUCAGCGGAUGCUGCCUUUAUACAAUUGUUAUUGAUUGGUGCCAUAACCAUGUUGAUGUAGGUACUGUCUCUGAUUUCGUCUCCUUCAUCUAACAUGACUUCGAGUGUCACCUCUUGAAGACUUCGAGUGUCACCUCUUGAAGACUUCGUGUGUUAUUUAUUAAAGACUUCGAGCGUCACUUCUUGAAAACCAUAUUUUCCCUUGACCUGAUCGCUUCUCUGGUUUUCCCUCGGCGUUGUGACUGUUAGCAGUAAACACUAAUUGCACCGCCAGUACCGCUAGACAGCUGAAAUAUAAGAUACUGUGUAACUACCACAAGUGUAGGCGAAAGCCUCAGUGGCAUCUGAUAUUGCUUCUCGCACUACUCUCACGUUGACCAGUGCCAGCGCCACCGACAGAGACUCGUUUACUGCCAUUAUCGUCGACCUACACCAGGGAUACAACCAAUAAACCUACAGCCAGUACCAGCAAUGCCAGUUAUACCUACAGUCAGUACAAACUACUACAGCACUUAAUUCAUAUCGCUACAACUGUCUUCGCCAAGACAACAACCACCACUGUCACAACAGAAAGUACCUCCAGCUUUUCCCUUACCACAACUACAACCACCACCACCACCACCACCACCACCACCACCACCACCAUAUUCGGCCUAAGCAGCACCAGCAUGGCUGGAGGGUACCUUGGGGGGGCGGGGGGCCUAGGGGCAGGCUUACCCCCCUUACCCACCGAGAUACUCAUGGAUGAGUAUAUGUUUGGUCGACGAAGACAGCGUCGCAACAGAACCACCUUCACAGCACAGCAGCUGAGUGAGCUGGAGGCACUCUUCCAGAGGACCCACUACCCUGACGUCUUCCUCAGGGAGGAGGUCGCCUGCAGGAUCAACCUCUCCGAGGCCCGUGUCCAGGUGUGGUUCCAGAACCGGCGGGCCAAGUGGCGCAAACAGACGCGGAUGCAGUUCGUACAAGACGCAUGGCGACUGCGCUACCUGGGGUUGUCCCCUCCCGCCUGGCUCACACGAUCCCCGCCCCCACCCCCAGGGGCGGCCAAGCCCCCCGCGAGGGCGGGGCCAGGGGGCAACCCUUCCCUCACCACCCCUCCCUCUUCCGCCCAGCUCCGCCUCUGACGGCAUGAUGGGCGGGGACAGGACCGUCGGCGCCGCCCCCCGUCCCGCCUCUCCUGCCACCACGCCGCCGACAGACCUUACCACCGCCGCAGACCGA